AUGAGCUCGACCAAGAAGCGCCCCCCGAGCGGCGCCGAGCUCGUCGCGCUGUGGCGGCAGCCGCGGCGGAGCCGCGCGAUCUGCGUGCUGGGCCACGUGGACCACGGCAAGUCGAGCCUCGUCGACUGGCUGUUGGCGGAGAACGGCCACAUCCCCGCGCGCCUCGCCGGCACGCUGCGCUACCUCGACGACACGGUCGACGAGCAGGAGCGCGGCAUCACCAUGCGCGCGUCGGCCAUCACGAUCCUGCACCGGCGCGGCGACCGGGACUACGCGAUCACGCUCGUCGACUCGCCCGGCCACAUCGACUUCAGCCACGACGCCUGCGCGGCGACGCGCCUGAGCGACGGCGCGGUCAUCGUCGUCGACGUCGUCGAGGGCGUGCGCGUGCAGACGCGCUUCGCGUUGCGGGCCGCGUGCGCGGAGCGGCUGGCACCGAUCCUGGUGCUCAACAAGCUCGACCGCCUCGCCGUGGAGACGGCGGACUCGCCCAUGGAGGCCUUUUUGCGGCUGCGGCGCGUGCUCGAGAACGCGAACGCGGCGCUCCACGAGGCUUUGCGCUUGCACGGCUGCGACGACGCCUUCGCCGCCAGGGCCGCCUUCGCGGCGGAGAAGGGCAACGUCGUCUUCGCGUCCGCGCUCGACGGCUGGGGCUUCACGGCGCUCCAGGUGGCCAAGGUGCUGUUGCCCCGCUUCCCCGCGAAGACGACGCCGAAGGCGCUCGCCACGGUGUUGUUCGGGGACUUCGCGCUCGAC